CACAAUAGGAAGAGAUCGGCACUGGAGAAUGGCAGCCACACAGAAACUGACUUAUCGGUUACCACCUUUGCCCACCAUCGGGGAGAUCAUCAAACUGUACAAUCUGAGAGCAGAGAAACAGCUUUCCCAAAACUUCCUCCUGGAUAUGAGACUCACAGAUAAGAUUGUCCGGCAGGUAGAAAACCUGAAGGAUGCGCAUGUGUGUGAGGUGGGCCCUGGGCCGGGGGGUCUCACCAGGUCUAUUCUGAAAGCUGGAGCUGCAGACUUAUUAGUGGUGGAGAAGGACACACGAUUUAUCCCUAGUUUACAGCUUUUGUCAGAGGCUGCUCCUGGGAGAAUGAGGAUAGCACAUGGAGAUAUCCUUUCAUACAGACUGGACAGAGGAUUCCCAGCUGAUGUCACCAAGACAUGGGAGGAUGUACCACCUAACUUGCACAUCAUUGGGAACCUGCCCUUUAGUGUGUCCACCCCUCUCAUCAUAAAGUGGCUGGAGCAAAUGUCCAACAGAAGUGGUCCCUUUACGUUUGGACGUACAAGGCUUACACUGACCUUCCAGAAGGAGGUGGCUGAAAGGUUAACAGCCAGUACUGGAAGCAGCCAACGCAGUCGUCUGUCUGUCAUGGCUCAAUAUCUCUGCACUGUCAAAAACUGUUUCACCAUCCCAGGACGUGCCUUUGUUCCAAAACCAAAUGUGGAUGUGGGGGUGGUGCACUUCACUCCGCUGGCUCAGCCCCAGAUCCAGCAGCCCUUCAAGCUGGUCGAGAGAAUCGUCAAGAACGUCUUCCAGUUCCGGAGGAAGCACUGCUGCAGAGGGAUCGAAAUGCUGUUCCCAGAAUCACAGCGUCAAGAACUGACGGACGAGUUGCUAUGCGCCGCCGAUGUGGAUCCUACACUGCGGCCCACGGAGAUCUCUAUUUCUGAAUUCAGGGCUUUAGCAGAUGCCUACAGCAAGCUCUGUCAGGAGAACCAGGGCCUCAUCGACUAUGACUUCAGAGAAGAACUCCGACUGAAGCAUCAGUUAAAGAGACAGUGUGGCAGCGAUAGAAAACAGCGUCACCUUCACACCACGAUUGAGGGAAAUGUUAAUGGUGGCCAUUAGCACGAGACAGCGGACUGCUCUCAAUGGUGAGAUUUUCAUCCGGCAGAGCCAUGAAUUUUUCACAUGAUUUCUUUCUGUGCUAAAUGGAUGUAGAUGCCAGAUGCCUGUAGAAACAUAACUGUAGCAUAACUAUGGGGGAGUGUUACACUGGUUGUAUUUUAGAGGAGAUGCUACAGCUAAAUGUUCAGCUUAAAACAUGUGAACUGCGUAAAUUUGACAUUCAAACACUCUGGCAGGGAAGUGAAUAAAGGCUUUUCAAAAAAGUAAUUGGAAAAUAAAUUUGUGCACAAUUUUUUAAAGAAAUUGUAGGAAGUAUAACGGGAUUGUAUUGUUCUAAUAAUGGAGAAAAGAGAUGAAUACCCACAAAACCUGUCAAAUCCUAAAACACUAAUGGGAAUGCUUUAAUCAUGUUCUAGCUAGGGCUGCCAACCAUCUGACAGAGAAAGAAAAUGUUUGCCAAAAUU